UUCAACUUUAAUUAUACUAAUUUCUCAAAUCCCUUACUUCAGACAUGCUACCAUCUUACUCAUAUCACAAUAUCUUCCAUGGCUUCUCAACUCCUCCAAAUAACAUCCACAUUAUGCAACAAUAUAAUACAUGCCUUGUUUGUUCAUGUUGCACUACUACUUAGUAUCCUUAUUUUUCCAGGCUUGAUAAAAGCUCAAUCAUCUCAAUGCAGAACAUCUUGCGGUGACAUACCAAUCUACUAUCCUUUCGGCAUAGAUGAUGGUUGUGGUAGUCCAUAUUAUCGACAUAUACUUGUAUGUUCAGACUCCGGAAGUCUUGAGCUAAGAACUCCUUCAGGCAGAUAUCCUGUGAGGAAUGUAUCAUAUUCGGAUCCUCACAUUUUGGUAAGUGAUCCGUUCAUGUGGAAUUGUCAAGAUGGUGACAAUUUUCGCCCCACUAGACCGUUUAGCCUAGACAGUAGCACACAUUUUUCUUUGUCUCGACAGAAUGACUACCUUUUCUUCAAUUGUAGUGAAGAGCAUGUGAUCAUGGAGCCUAAACCGAUUUUUUGUGAACGGUUUCCAGAUCAGUGUGAUUCAACAUGUGACAGUGCUAGUUAUCUUUGCAGGCAUUUGCCUGAAUGUGCUUCUGCAUUGCGUGGGAGUUCAUGUUGUUCAUAUUAUCCGAAAGCUACUGACUCUCUGAGGCUGAUGCUUAAGUAUUGUGCUAGUUAUGCUAGUGUGUAUUGGAGAAAUGUUGGUGCAAUACAGCCGGAUAAUCAGGUUCCUGAAUAUGGGAUUCGGGUUGAUUUUGAUAUUCCGGUCACUACAAGGUGCCUACAUUGUCAGGAUGUUGCCAAGGGAGGUGGAAUGUGUGGCUUUGAUACUAAAACACAGGAGUUUUUAUGCUUAUGUGAUAAAGGAAAUGUUACUACUUACUGCAAAGAUCAUGAUGUUUCUCAGGAGCAUAGCAACAGGGGAGUAGUUGCAGGGACAGUGAGUGCUGUUUCAGUUGCUGGAGCUAUAGGAGUUGGAGCUGGAAUAUGGUUCUGGAAGAAAGUGAGGGCAAAAGCUCCAGUAACACAUGGGGUUCAGAGCAAUGAGAACAGACUCUUUUGAGUAAUAUAUGCACAGACCACAUACAAAGAAACUUCAGGAAUCUAUUUUCUUUCUACUUUGCUUAUAUUGUUCUGUACUAGACUGCUAGUUUAUUGUGUUUUAUGUAUUUUUAAGUUGAUAAUCAUACUGAUACUUUUUGGAAAACACGCAGUUUCUUAUUACUAGAAGGAUAUUAGUUACAUUACCAUGCUUUAUUUGCAA